CCCUCCUUUUUUUUUUUAGUAACUAUGACUCACUCAUUAGUUGAAUCACAUAUUUGUCAAAUCAUAAGAAAAGAUGACAACACUAGUUCUUUCAAAAGUGCACCUCUGUGAAUUGAGGGAUUGUAAUCAUGGGUCGUGUGAUCCGUGCUCAGCGUAAAGGUGCCGGUUCAGUGUUCGUAUCACACACUAAGAAAAGGAAAGGAGCGCCUAAGCUUCGUUCUCUGGACUAUGCAGAACGUCAUGGUUACAUCAAAGGCGUGGUGAAGGACAUCAUCCACGACCCAGGCCGUGGUGCUCCAUUAGCGGUAGUCCACUUCCGUGACCCAUAUAAGUUUAAGACGCGCAAGGAGCUAUUUAUCGCGCCAGAAGGUCUUUACACAGGCCAGUUUGUAUACUGUGGAAAGAAAGCUACACUCGAAGUUGGAAAUGUAAUGCCUGUUGGAGCCAUGCCUGAGGGUACAAUUGUCUGCAAUCUGGAAGAAAAGAUGGGUGAUCGUGGUCGGCUGGCUCGUGCUUCUGGCAACUUUGCCACAGUCAUCGGUCACAACCCUGACGCCAAGCGCACCAGAGUCAAGCUGCCAUCUGGUGCAAAGAAAGUCCUUCCUUCCAGCAACAGAGGAAUGGUUGGCAUUGUUGCUGGAGGUGGUCGUAUUGACAAACCCAUCCUGAAGGCUGGUCGUGCAUACCAUAAAUACAAGGUAAAGCGCAACUGCUGGCCAUAUGUGCGUGGUGUUGCCAUGAACCCUGUAGAGCAUCCUCAUGGUGGUGGUAACCAUCAACAUAUUGGUAAGGCUUCUACUGUCAAGAGAGGAACAUCCGCUGGUCGCAAGGUUGGUCUCAUCGCCGCCCGCAGGACCGGAAGAAUUCGCGGUGGCAAGACCGACACAAAGAAGGAGGCGUAAACGUAGUUUUAUGCGAAAUAAAAAUACUAAAAAUCCCA